AUGGAUGAUUCAUUUACGCAGCCCGGAGCAAUUCCAUUUAAAUGGGAAAUCCGACCCGGAGUACCCAAGCUCCCACAUUCACACGAACCAAUAACAACAGAUCACCACCGUCCACUAGCCAAACAAGAGGAAAUGCCAAUGAAUCAGAGCCGUUCCUUUCCAGAAACCCCGCGUAAGCUGAGACCUCCACCAGCAGCUGGGUUCAAUUUCCACUCACCAUUUGCGGAGCCCCGAACCCGAUCCUUCCGUUCAGCUCCACGGGCACGCUCGGAGAGGCACCGGUUUGACGUGCAGAAUCUGAUGACCCGACCCUCUAUGGGAGUUGCCGCAGAUGGGUGCUUCCCAUCUCCCCCAUUGCUGAGGCGAGUAACGGAGAAGAAGAAGAAGAAGAAGAAGCAGAAGAGUGGAUCCGAACCCGAUUACAUGUCGGAUCUAGAGACAGUUUCACGGUGGUCUGUGUCGAGUCGAAAGUCUGUAUCUCCUUUUCAUGACUCACUUUCAUUUUCAUCACAGGAGCCAUCGCCCCGACGACCUGUGAAUGAUGCUGAUUGGCCUGGCUUUGCUCUCUUUUAG